AUGAGUGUCCUGCUGAUGGAGUCUCCCUUUCUGGAUGCGAUUGAGGUCGGCGAUCCCGAUGCAGCAUCUGUUGACGAUAUUUUCAGGCAGAUGUCGAUUCCACAGAUCCACAAGUUAAGCCGCGAGUAUAAGCUGAAGAUCGAAAAGACCAAAUCUGACUUGCACAGCUUGGUGGGAAGCAAAUAUCGAGAUUUAAUUAAAAUUGCAGAAGACAUAGAUUCUAUGUACCUUAUUUCGAGUGAUGUCGAUCUGAAAUUGACCGAUUUAUCGUAUCAGAAGUCGAAUUUCAUUCCUUUUAGCAAUAGUAAUAGCCAUGCCAAAUUCAAUACUAUUGUCAGAGCAAACCAUGCCAGAGAAGCAAGAAGAAGCUCUCGUAUCUUGAUAUUGAGAGAUGCCGUUAACAAUAUUUUAGAAAAAUUUGAUUUGAAGUUGUCAAUAAAUGAGAAUGGUUCUCCAUUGGUCCAUACUUCCAACUUAAUCUAUUAUGCUAAAGUUUACUACACGAUCGAGAGUUUAUUUGCUGAUUUGCUUGAGAGAUAUUCCAAUCUAAAGCAGAAGUUUCUUCGUCUCAAAGAAAAUUUUAUAAACUAUCUCGAGAACGAAUUAUCGAGCUACAAUUUGUUUGACAACGCAGUAUAUGGAACUACAAAUGACAAAAUAAAACAUAAUCAGAAGUUGAAGCUUUCUGAUUUGAACAAUAAUCGUACAAUGUCGUCGUUAGCAGAUGCUCAGGUCUUUGAUGAUCUCUACCAGGAAGAAAGUUUUGAUCCAAUUGAAGAAGAUCCAGCAGAUAGUUUUGAAAAUGACGAAUACAUCAAAUCCAAGCACGAAUCGUACAACAAACUGCUGCCUCCAAUUGUCAAUUACUUGAUUGCAUACACAAUAGCAAAUAUCUGUAACGCAGAAUUGAACUCCGUCCAAAAAGUCCUUUUGAAAUUUAUCCAAUUGAGACACAACUAUUUGGAGAGUUUGUUGAAUAAGGCUGACACAACUUAUGACGCCACACAACUUAAUUACUUUGUUAUCUUCAAAUUUAUCGAAAACACUUGUGGAUACAUUGAGAAAUACUUUGAAAAUGUGCAUAGCACUUAUCAUAGAAGUUUAAACUUGGCAAUUAGACCGUGGAAAGCAUCAAAUUUGUUAGGCUUCAGAGGCUGGUUCAACGAAGAAGACGUGAAUUUGAAAGAGGCCUAUAAUUAUGAAGUUUUUCCCUUACAAGUAAGCGCUUCUAUUGAGAAUUUACCCAAUGUAAUCUAUAACUUCAUGAAAAACAAAAUAAUUUCAACUAAGGUAGAAGUAUCGUUUGAAAAUGUCUGGAGGACAUUAUUGAUUUACCACAACUUUUUCUUUGGUUUAAUUCGACUCUUUGAUUACGCAUCUUUCAACGAAUCGCAAUCAAAAUUGAUAACUAUUAUUGAAAACAAAAAAGAAGAUAAUAUUUUGAUUCAAUUGACGAAGGCAGUGAAAAAAGUAAUCCAAGGAGCAUUUUCAGAUCAUUACGGGGAACUACUCUCAAAGGACAAUUCCAGCAUCAUAACAAAAAUUCAAGAAUAUAUCCACCAAAGGGAUAAAUCAGAGCAUAGUGAAGAAAGAUUAGAAUUAUUCUCUUCUGGAUUGACUGAUUUGAUGGACGCAAAUCUUGAGAUGUACAUUGGCGAGAUUUCGAAUAUUUCAUUUGCUUCUUCUGGAGAAACCAUCUCUGAUUCAUUGAUGAAGUGGUUCGACAAGUUUGACGAUUUCAAUAUACUAUUGGACUUACACUCAGCACAGGAUGAUAACAAAUUGAGCUCGUUCAAUUGCUUGAAAAACCUUAACGUUUUCCUUUCCAGGCCCAUUUCAGAAACCAAGCAAGAAAUUAAAUGGGGUUUAUUUGAUAAGCAAUGGUUUGAGUCAGAAUUCUCAAGUUUGUACAAAGAAUUGAACAGCUCAUUUUCUUUCUCUAUUAAUUCAUUUGUCUCAGAUCUCCAGAACAUACUUGAAAGCAGCGAGUCCAACGAUAUUGUAUCCUACUACUACUUGCUAAAUAUUCUCAUCACAAUCAAGGAAAGGUUGACUUCGUUGGAUACAGUCAAUUUGGACGUUAUCCUGGCUGAGAGCAGCAUAGAUGAACUUUGUAAAAAGUUAUUCUCCUAUUCGAUUGAAGAACUUCCGAAGGAUAAGUUUUUCGCUUCUUUUGAUGAUCUUGUGCAUGAGCUUGUUCUGUCAAGUCAAAUGGAAGAUUUACCAACCAGACCGUCCUUGAAAUUGGCUGCAUCUAUCUACGAAUUGGCAACGUCGUACUUGAGCGCUGGCGUUUCCGACACCAACCACACGUAUGAAAAGUUGUUCCUGAGUGUUAAUGGCAGUAUAAUUUUUGUUAAUCUAAAAAACAAAUGGAUUCAACAUGAAUUGAUUAAUGAACGUUUUGAUAAAGCUAUAGAAAAACUUCUAACCAAAGAUCAGGAGGAAGAGAAGGUAGACAUUGAAUUGAGACCUAAACAAGAAAAUCAAGUCUCAAAUGCACCAUCAAAGGAGGUGCAAGCUGUUAACAUUUUUGCCAAUAUGGUCUUCUUGUAUCAAUUCAUUACAUCUAGUGAAGAGGAUAGUCAAAUGUUUGCUGAAAGUACAUUCAAGAAAUUAAACGAAAACGGUACUCUUAUUGAUGAUGUAACAUUGAGAAUUGUGACAAAAUCAAUCGUGGAUUACUUUAAAUCAAGUCAAACUUUAUAUCUUCCGCUUCUGAUUUGACAGCAUACGUAUUAUAUAUACGAACUAGUGUACAGCCACUAAUGAAUGAUUGUCUAAUACAAAUAGACUUUAGAUCCAUUCUUGGUU